CGUUUCGUACCUCAUAAUAUAAUAAGCAUUGUCAACAGUUUGUUAGAUUGUGAAACGGGAAUAAUGACCUAACUAUACAGAGUAAGAUGGCAGAUUUAGGUCAGCGGGAUGAUACUGAAUUAAGAUUGCUGAUUCAAGCUUGUCUCUUUGACAACACAGACUUGCUGAAUGAUUUGAUCCAAGGUGGAGAGUAUGAUAUAAAUGAAGUCGACUGCUGGGGGCGGACGCCGGUGUACACGGCAGUCAGUAACAACAGCAUGCACUGUCUUGAAAUUCUCAUUGAAAAUGGAGCUGAUAUAAACCGUACACCUUUUGAGACUUCGUGUGAUAAGAGGACCCCGCUGCACACUGCAGUGUUUGAUGGGAAGAUUGAAGCGGUCCGACUGUUGUUGAAUCACGACGCUAAUGUGCAUGCACGAGACCAGUCCGGCAGAACUCCUCUCGAUAUAGCAAAGCAAACAGGAAACCGAGAAAUUGUCACAUGCCUCAAUUCUGCAAUAGAGAUGAACAAUAGAGCACUGAAUAAUCUUUCUCAGAAGCUGUACAUUGCUUUGACAAGACGGGAUGUUGAUGUCAUUCUGCAAGCUUUGAAUGAGAAUAAAGCUGAAGAUAUUAAAUAUGUUGUCACCCAACCACCUGGUGAUAGCUUCCCAGCUCUCUGCAGUGCUUGUAAGCUUGGGAACUUGGAGAUAGUGAAGAAACUGCUUAGUUUCCAUGAACAGGCCACACAGCUUGCCCAUGAAGAGACUGGAUAUACACCGCUGCAUAUUGCCUGUGAACACGGCAACGUGCCUCUUAUUGAGCUUCUCCUCAAGAAGUUUCCAGAACAGAUUCUGAUGCGCACAGUUGAUCAUCAGCUCCCACUGCACAAGUCUGCUGCAUGUGGAAUGGCUGAUGCCGUGAGAUGUCUGCUCCAAUUCCCAUAUGGAAACGAUUUCUGCUGGCAGCAUCGGGACCGGGUCUCAGGACUGUGCUACUGGUCAAGUAUAGAUAUCAAUGAAGGAGAUUUCAAUGGACGAACAGCUCUGCAUCUUGCUAGUGAGAAGGGCUAUUUGAAUGUUGUGCAGAUUCUUCUUGAUUUUUCAGUUAAUACUGAUCCCGAUGCAGGACGAACAGGUUCUUGCAGGAAUGAUGAGGCAGGUCUGAAGGACCAAGACUCUCACAGGACUGAUGGACCCCCCUCUCCUCAGAGUUCCAUGCAAGGUGGUUCUUCCAGGAGUAAGCUGGAGACGGUUCAUCCAGUUAAUGUGAACCAUGUCACCAAUGCUGGCCACACAGCUCUGCAUCUGGCUAUUGAGGGUCAGCAUUGCAACAUUGCAGAGGCACUGCUGAAAGCUGGGGCAGACAUCAAGAUGGCCGUUCAGUUUAAGGACAGCUCUGUUUCAUUACUCAGCUUCACCCUCAGCAAAGGUGAUACAGAUCUGUUCCGACUAAUGAUGGAACAUGGUGCUGAAGAUGUGGACAAUGCUGUGAUGUUUGAGGCAACACAAAGAGGCAACCACACCAUCCAGCAGCUGCUGUUACAGCACAAAUCAUCCCGAGAUCUUACCCGUAUCAUAAACAAAUCAGAGUUGAAACUGAGGUGGUAUUCUCAGCUCAACAUGGGCUCAGGUGUAACCAGUUUCUCUGAUCGCUCAAGCUCUCUUGAUGCUGAACACAGAGCACUGUUCCCUUUGCACUCUGUUGCCAUCAACUGGCAGAACAUUGGAGGAAUCAGCGACAUUCCAGAAAGCACUCUCAAAGAAGCAUGCUACUUGCAUAACCCAGCAAUGCAGAGGGUUAACAGUCUUCCACUUUAUGCAAUAACCAAGAUCGAUAUAUCGAAAAAUAACUUUGAAAAGCUACCACUGAUCAUAUUUGAAUUGUUCUCACUCUGUGUUCUCAAUGCGUCAGACAACAGGAUCAAGGCUUUUCCUAGUGAAGAGGACAUAGAAAGUAGUUCCAUGGUUCUAGAGGAGCUAUACCUCAACGACAACUGUCUUCAACUUGUCCCUUCAUAUCUGUUCAAACUUCCAAAACUCAAACACCUCAACCUGUCGAAGAAUGAACUGAAGGACAUCCCCAUAGAUAUGUGGACUGCUCCAAUGCUUGUCACACUAAACCUGUCUCGAAACAAACUGUCAUGUCUUCCUUUCGUCUCAACCGGUGAUUUCGUGCCUGGAUACAGAUCAGAAACAGAGACAAGUGACACUGAUUCAGUUCACAGUAUUGUGAAAACAAAUGCAGUGCCACACUUUAAUCGCUGGCAUGCUGGAGUCGUGAUAGAUCAUCGCGAGUUGCGUAAUGCCGAGGGACAGAAGUACACUGGAAUCCAACAGCUGGAUCUGUCGAGGAACAGAUUUACGGAGAUCCCACUGUGUCUGGCUUGUUGUGCUCCUCAGCUGGAGGUUCUUUCCCUGCAGGAGAAUUGUCUCAACUCUGUAGGAAUGCUGAGUAACCUGCCAGAUAGUCUGGUUGACCUCAAUCUCAGCUACUGCAAUCUGGAAACACUCACUUCAUGGAGUCGCCCAUUUGGCUAUGACCAGCCCUGUUUAGGCUUCAGAAGUUCAUUUGCUAUGUCGUCGUUGCCAAGCUCUGUGAGAGGCAGCCCUGACUCCCAGCCCUCCCCCUCAUCACACAGCAGCCAGGCCGGCUUUCUUCAGCAGAGUUGUUGUCAACAUCGCAACCACUCCGCUCUCAAGAAGCUCGACAAGCUAAAUGUGUCUCACAACAGACUUCGCUUUCUUACCCUGAUGAAGGCGAAACGGCGACAUGGGUCAACGGCCACAUCCAGCUCUGAUGAUAUGUUUCCCAACCGGACGCCUACUGAAACUUCAGAUUUGACUUGCUCAUUGGGUUUGGAGAUAGAAGAAAUCCGGAGUCGUCUGCUCUUUCCAGAACUCAGCGAAUUGGAUGUCAGCUCAAAUUCACUGACUUCUUUACCUUCAGAAAUUGGAGAGCAUUCAAAUCUCAAAGUCUUGUAUCUGAAUUGUAACCGUGCAUUAAAAGAACUUCCACCAAGACUUGGAAUGCUGAAACAGUUAUGGAAGUUGGAGGUUCAAUGCUGCUCUCUGGAGGGUGCAAUUCAGGAUUUUAUACGCAAUUCACCAUGUUCUGUUAAAGACAUUCUAGGUUUCCUGUUGUCAGUAUUUGAAGAGUCGACCGAAUACAACUGUAUGAAUCUAAUGUUGGUGGGAUCGCAUAAAAUUGGCAAGACUUCACUUCUUCAUAAGCUUAGAAAUGAGGGGAAAACUCCAUUUAAAGUAUCUCACUGGCGUGAACGAGUAAGCAAUAUGAAGCCAGUAAAAACUGAGAAGGAUGAGUUGUUGUCUACGGUUGGGAUUGACAUCAACGAGCUGAUCAUCAAACGCAGUAAUGACUGUGUUGUCAACUUCAGAACCUGGGACUUUGGUGGACAGCGGGAAUACUAUGCCACCCACCAGUACUUCCUGUCUCCGCGGUCUCUGUACCUCGUCAUGUGGGACGUCACGGAGAACCAGCCGGGAAUCAACAAUCUUCUGCAGUGGCUUGUUAACAUCCAGGCACGUGCGCCUGGUGCACCAGUGAUUAUUGUGGGGACUCACUUGGAUCUGUUGAAAGACACAAGCAAAUACCCACUGGACUAUGAAGAAGCCAUGACUGGCAUCAUAAAGAAAAUGUUUCUUAUGAACAGAGAGCCAGACAAAUGCGGACUUCCAAAUAUCCUCGACACAAUAUUUGUUAGCUGCAAGACAGGGAAAAAUAUCUCCAAGCUAGUUGAAAUGAUUGCCAACCAUGCCUUUGAAAUAAAACAUCCACGAUCACGUACACAAAAGUUGUUGAAACAGAAGAUUCCAAAAAAAUACCUUCAGCUGAAACACAUUGUUGAAGAACUAGCUCGAGAAAGAAUGGAGCAGAAGAAAGAUCCAGUCUUAUCAAAAUCCAAUUACAUGCUGUGUGUAUCCAAGAAGAUGCUGGACAAACAGCAAACAUUCCGAGAUCCUCAUGAGCUGGAUCAGGCCACACGGUUUCUGCAUGAAAAUGGUGUGAUGUUCCACUAUGAUGACCUUCAGCUCCGUGACCUCUUCUUCCUUGACCCACAAUGGCUGUGUGAUCAACUGGCCAAGGUGGUCACUAUUAAGGAAAUCAACAAUUUUGCUUCAAAAGGUGUGAUGAAGACAAAGAAUUUGGACAUAUUAUUCCGAAGUCCGAACUUCGAAACUGGUGAUAUUCAGAGCUACAUCACCAACUUGCUGAACAAAUUUGAAGUGGCUCUCAAGUUUGAUGAGGAACACCUUCUGUUACCAUCUCUUCUGCCCACAGAAAAAGACUAUUCCAUGACUAAACAUCAAAACACUGACAUUAAAAUACCACUGAGACGAGAAAGUGGCUUACGCAGACAUCUGAGUCAAGGCUUAGACCAUAUGGAUGCCAUCUUGUGUCUUCUUGAUGUGAAAUCCACCACCAAUCCCAUCUUUUCUUACUGCCGGCUCUAUUUCAUGACCUACUUCCCGAGCGGUUUCUGGCCUCGCCUCAUCACGCGUGUCCUCGCAGACACCAGUCUUUAUGACAUUGUGCUCAGACUGUUCCAGAUCCCAGCCGAUCUGGUGGCCAGCAGUCCUGGGGUGAAGGCCAUGACCAAUGACCCACCAGAGUGGCGGUGCUGGCAGACAGGUCUGUCCCUGUAUUACCUGGGGGUUGAGAUUCUCCGGGUGCGAGAGGUGCAGCUUGACUCCAACAUGUCCAUGUGUGACUACACCGUGUGUCGAAUCAAGUGCAACAUCGACAGUGAGUGGUCCUUCCUCGACGUCAUCAACAGCAAGCUGCUCGAGAUUUCAUUCCAGACGGAUUCACUGGCGUUUCAGGUGACCAACAAAGAGGGACCCCAGGUGCAGACCCGCGCUUCUGGCAGGCUGGUCACGGUGUACAGAGAUGACAAGGUCAUGGCCAAUCUGAUGGUCAAGAUCGUGUCACAUGUCGACAACUUGUUACAGGACUGGUACCCGGAACUAGGUGAACAGCGAUUUUGUCAGAACUGUGAAGGUCGAUAUCUGAUCACGCGGGUGAUUCCCUGUCCGCAGUGCCUAAAUGAAGAAGUCUUGAGACAGAGAUCCCAGCAUUCCAAGGAAAGCUGGAUGAUGGUGAAUCGGGACGUCACCACAGAGCCCAGUGCUGUUACAGUAGCAGUUGGCCAAGUCGAUGUUCCUGCUGAUGAUGUGUUUGAACCACAGAGACCAGACCGUCUGCUGGCUGGUCAGACUCUUCAACACCACCGUAACCAUGGUGACCAGGAGAGUGUCAUGUACAGCUACUUGGUGGAGCGGUGUAUUCUGGACGUGCUCAAUGGGGUGGACACGUGUUGUCCUGUACAUGAAUCUGUGUCACCGGUCCACCUCCUCGGGCUAGACGGCUGCAGUCAGACAUUCUACAUAGCUCCUGAUGUGGUUUUCUCAGACUUGAGUAAUGACCUAGUGGUCACACAUACUGAUAGACUGGACAUGGGAGAACAUCUUGGUCGUGGAACAUUUGGAGACGUGUUCGCGGGAUAUCUCUUCAGAAAGGGACAAGAGCCAGCAGUUCCUGUUGCUAUCAAGAUUCUCUACAACAAAGAAAAACAUUCAUCAAAAGAGGGCAUGGAGCAGCGAAUGGAAGUAGCAUGUCAGUCAUAUUUAACAGCACGCCAGGAGAUCUCGAUUCUGGAGAAAAUUCAACAUACAAACAUUGUCCCUUUGUUAGGCCUGGCACUCCAACCAUUGUCACUUUUACUUAGUCUAGCCCCUCAGGGGGGUCUCCAUAGGAUCCUCAAAACUAUUGGUCAAAAUGGCCAGACAUUGCCGCUGUUUGUUAUCCGACAAGUGAUUCUUCAGAUUGCUGAUGCCUUGAUGUAUCUUCACAAUCACAACAUCAUAUACCGUGACCUCAAGUCUGAGAACAUCCUCGUGUGGACCAUCCCCACCUCCAGCGAGGCGCGACCAUCAUCCACGGUUCUGGUCAAGCUGGCAGAUUAUGGAAUCAGUCAGUCAGUCGACAUCCUAACUGGAUCCAAAGGCUUUGGUGGAACCCCACCCUUCAUUGCACCUGAAAUCUUACAGCAUGCUGGCAAGGAUACUUACACAGAAAAAGUCGACAUCUUUUCUUUUGGUAUGUUUAUCUAUGAGCUGAUCACAUGCCGUCUGCCAUUUUUGGACGUUCACAACCCCAGCACUCUGGUGUGUCAGGGCAAGCGACCAGCAAUCACAAGAGAGGAAGCUAGUGUGUACCCGUGUUACAUUCUGGAUCUGAUGGCUAUUUGCUGGUCGCAGGAGCCAGACCUUCGCCCCACCGCCGCCACCAUCAUCGAUAUCGCUCGGUCGCCACAGUUCUGUCACCUCCGCGAUGUUGUGGUGCUGGGCAAAGAUUUGAAAAUCUUCUGUGCAUCCUCCAUACCCACACAAGAAGCACUCAACAUGAAUGAUUCUGGAUCAGAAUCACCAGGGAUGGGCUUUGAAAGCCUGUCAGUGAAUGACCAGCUUGAUACGAAGUCGCAUACCCAAGUUUGGAUGAGCACAGGUUUUGGUCCUUUAUAUUACCUCAAUGUGUAUAUGUUUGACAGAUGGAAAUCCUGUGUCAGUAAUCAGUCAUGGCAGCUGGAUGGUCCAGAGAUUCGUGCCAUGUCAGUGUUCGAUGGAUUUGUGUGGUGCAUUGAUGAUGGUGGAUGUCUGCUUGUUUACUGUUCCAAGACAAGGGAGUUAAUAGUGAAGCAGCGGCUGCCGGUGCAUUGCCAUAUACAAGUGCACGGAAUGUUUCACAUGGCUGAGAAGAAUCUCGUGCUCAUUGUACUGAAGAAUGGAGUGAUUCUGCUCUGUAGGCAUGAUCUCUGUGGUGAGGUCCCAAACAGAGUCACCAUUACAGAGGUCAGAGUCGUCCCAAACAUCUGCUCAGCACUAGUCAAAACCAAAGAAGGAUACCAGAUGUGGAUUGGAGGCACUGGUGGUAUAAUAACUGUGUGGGAUUUCGAGAGACAGUGUCUUGACAAUACUAAACUCGUUCAUUCAGAAAGCAGUGACUUGACAAAGAGGUGUGACUGCAAGUUCUUGCUGGCAGCAAAUCUUCCAGGAUCAGAAGAUAUGCUGCUGUGGUCCUACGUCUAUCCAGGUAAAAUUGUGUAUCGCUGGGACGUUAAUGCUCGGUGUGUAAUGGAGAGACUGGAUUGUUCAGACAUUGUCACCACCACUAACAGUCCAGUUGUUGUGUCUUCAAAGCGUGGAGAUGUGGGCUACCAAGUGACAUGCUUGAAUGUUCUUGGCAUCUAUCUGUACAUCGGUACCACCUGGGGCAAUGUCAUCAUCGCAGAUGCCGUAACGAUGAAACCACUCAAUGUUUUCAAGUCUCACUGUGCUAAAGAGUUCUAUGUCAAGUACAUCCUUCCGCUUCACAGCGAACAACCCCUGGAGUGUUUUGACGUUGAUGAGAAUAUUACCACUUCACCAGGGAUCGUCACCAUCGGCAGGGGAUUUGUCGAUAUGAUUGGUGGAGCUCAGACAACUGACAGGGAAUCUGAUUCCGUGUCGGACAUCUCCGAUUUAGAAAGCAAGCCUAAGGCCCUGUCAGCAACACGUGAACAGGCACUCAAUAAUAACUUCCUCAUUUCAUGGUCUGCAAGUGACUGGCAGUACUAUUAGAGGCUCUUUGUUGCAAUAUACUCAGAUAAAAGUUUCCUUAAUUAUUAUUUGUAUAUACAUGUAUGUGAUUGGUAAUCAGGACCCUUGUUAGAGAAUGAAGUAUACAUAGCUAUCUUGGGUACUUCUGCAAGUCACUGGCAGUGGGGACCAGUGGUAGAAAAAUAAGUAGUCACCUUGAGGACUGUCUGCAAGUCACUGGCAGUGGGGACCAGAGGUAGAAAAAAAAGUACUCAUGUAGAAUACUCUGUACAUGCCAUGGGCAGUUAAAUUGGGACAGUUGAUGGAGAAUAUGUAGUCACCUUGAGGACUGACUGCAAAUAACUGGCAGUUGGGACCAGUGAUAGAGCAUAAGUAGUCACCUUGAGUGCUGUCUGCAAGUCACUGUCAGUCGGGACCGGUGAUAGAGAAUAAGUAGUCACCUUGAGGACUAUCUGCAAGUCACUGGCAGUGGGGACCAAUGAUAGAGAAUAAGUAGUCACCUUGUGGGAGUGAUAAUAGAGAAUAUGUAGUCGCCUUGAGUGCUGUCUGCAAGUUACUGGCAGUUGGGACUGGUGAUAGAGAAUAAGUAGUCACCUUGAGGACUGUCUGCAAGUCACUGGUCUCAACUGCCAGUGACUUGUAGACAGUCAUUGGCAGUUGGAACCGGUGAUAGAGAAUUAAACAGUCACCUAGAGUACCAAACUUUGAUAGCAAUUACCAUUAAUGAAUUUUCAGUAUUAAUAUGAGCAUACGAAGUGUUACCAAUAUCACUCAAUUGAGGUUCAAAGGGCUGUGUACUUGUACGGAUUGGCCAUAUUUUGUACGGUGGAAAUGCCGACUUGUACGGCGUAUAGAUUGUACGGCCAAUUGUAUGGGCACUAUCACUGCAAAAAUAUGGGGGGGGGGGGGG